UACAUUUUUACUAUAAUACAAACUAAUAAGUUUCAAUGUCAUUAAUAAGAAGAAUUACGUUAGAGGAAGAAAUGAAAAAGAAUCCUGAAUUGAAAUUAUCUGAUAUACAAUCACUCAGAGAAUGGUGCGAGAAACAACCACACUUGCCAAAAAUUGAAGACAGCUUUCUCGCUUUGUUUCUUCAUAGCAAUUAUUAUCAAAUGGAACCAACUAAAAACACAAUUGAGAAUUAUUACACAAUUAGAACGCAUUUACCAGAAUUUUUUUGCAAUCGAGAUCCGGUCGGAGAUAAAGGGCUACGACAAGCCUUCAAAGUCAUAACUUCUUUCCCUCUGAGUGGAAUAACGAAGGAAGGCUACAAGAUAAUAUAUGGAACAUUACUGGAUCCCGAUCCUUCACACUAUGUCUUCAAUGAUGUUAUCAAAUAUAACGAAAUGAUAGCAGAUAUAUGUUUUUUGACGGAUGGUACAAACAACGGUUAUAUCUAUGUCGGUGAUUUUAGUAAAAUAUCGUUUGGUCAUGUGAGGCGAAUAAAUCCAUUAUUAGCCAAGAAACAUUUACAAUACGUCCAAGAGGCAGCGCCAGUGCGUUUAAAGAGACUCCAUUUUAUAAAUGCACCAUCCACCAUAGAAUACAUCAUGAAUAUUAUAAAACCGUUCAUGAAAAAGGAAUUGAUAAAUUUGGCACAUUUUCAUUCAUCGUUGGAAAGUAUUUCCAAAUACGUUCCUAUAGACGCGUUGCCGAAUGAAGUGGGCGGAAAAGGAGGUUCUAUACAAGAAUUAACCGAAAUUCAAGUGAAGCAACUCGAGGACUAUCGUGAAUGGUUUCUAUUGGACGAGGUAACCGGGCGAGUUAAUGAAGCUUUGAGAAUUGACAAGAGUAAUUCAGCAAACACCAAACAUGAAUGCAAUAUAGCAUAAAAGUAAAUGUAAUAUAAUGUAUUACUAGGGUUGAAUAGUAUCUAGUUAAAAAAUAAAUAAAUAAAAAAAACAAGUUGAAAGUUAA